CCAACCUCCCACUUCACCAAUCCCACCAAAACCCAUCAAAAAACCCCACAAUGCUUCUCAUUCUCUUCUUCUCUCUCUCCCUAUUCUCUCUCUCCUUCUCCCAGUCCAAUUCCCUUUCUCUCUCCUUCCCUCUUUCUCUCUCUAAAAAAACCUCCAAUAUUUCCCCAUUAUACCCUUCCCUUUACUCCAAAACGUCGUCCCAUGGCUCCUUCAAGCUUCCUGUCAAAUACUCCACCGCCCUCGUCGUCUCUCUUCCGAUCGGAACGCCACCGCAGCCGACGGACUUGGUUUUAGACACCGGCAGCCAACUCUCUUGGAUUCAAUGUCACGACAAAGUUAAGAAAAAAUUGCCCAAGCCUAAAACGGCGUCGUUUGAUCCUUCUCUCUCCUCUUCUUUCUCUCUCCUCCCUUGUAAUCACCCCAUCUGUAAACCCCGAAUCCCCGAUUUUACCCUUCCAACUUCUUGUGACCAAAAUCGUCUCUGCCAUUACUCCUACUUCUACGCUGACGGUACCUUGGCUGAGGGCAAUCUCGUCAGAGAAAAAUUCACUUUCUCUAAUUCCCUUACUACCCCUCCCGUCAUCCUCGGCUGCGCUCAAGCCUCCACCGAAAACAGGGGUAUUUUGGGAAUGAAUACCGGACGUCUCUCGUUCAUCUCCCAAGCCAAAAUCUCCAAAUUCUCCUAUUGCGUUCCCCGUCGAACCCGGUUUAACCCAACCGGGUUAUUCUACCUUGGAGACAACCCGAAUUCUUCCAAAUUCAAAUACGUCACCAUGUUGACUUUCCCCAAAAGUCAACGCUCCCCAAAUCUCGAUCCUUUGGCUUACACCCUCCCAAUGAAGGGCAUAAAAAUAGCCGGAAAACGGCUCAACAUCUCGCCAGCUUUUUUCAAACCGGACGCGAGCGGGUCGGGUCAAACCAUGAUUGACUCCGGUUCGGACCUCACCUAUUUAGCGGACGAAGCGUACGAGAAGGUUAAAGAAGAGAUAGUGAGAUUAGUGGGGCCCAUGAUGAAGAAAGGCUACGAAUUCGCCGCAGUGGCCGACAUGUGUUUCAACGCCGGCGAAGCGGCGGUGGUGGGGCGGAGAAUUGGCAACAUGUCGUUUGAGUUUGAGAAUGGGGUGGAGAUUUUAGUGGGCAAAGGAGAGGGGGUUUUGGCGGAAGUGGAAAAAGGGGUGAAGUGCGUGGGGAUCGGACGGUCGGGAAGGCUUGGGAUUGGGAGUAAUAUAAUCGGCACUGUUCAUCAACAGAAUAUGUGGGUGGAGUAUGAUUUGGCCAAGAAGAGAAUAGGCUUUGGUGGAGCUGAGUGUAGCAGAUUGAAGUGAUGAUGGACGGUACAGAUUUUCUACACGUGUCUGGGUAUUGGAUGUUUCUAUAAUCAUAUUUUAUUGAGUUAUAUGUAUAUAUAUGUUUGUAUAGUUUCAUUAUACACUUUGUAUGAUAAAACAAAAUUUAUUCUAUUAAUGUAAAAGAUGGUCACCAUGAGCUAAGUUGAUUAAGAUAUUGAUUAUUCUUCUAAAAAAAA